UGGGUCUAUCAAUACAACACAAGCGUUCUCGGUAUGUUGACAUAUAGUGAAAACACUCAGGUGAACAGGGCUAGAAUCAUGAAUGGACCUCUUAGCCUUAUAGAUGCUAGGUAUCCCCAUGGAUACGGGAUACUUUCCACCUUAUCUGGGUAUGCACAUUUAGGUGGACCUUUUGCUUCUCUUGGACUUCAUUCGGCUGGAAAUCAGUAUCAUUUUGAUUAUAAUGGACACUCAAAUUCACGUGUUAAUUUCUCCAUGGAUGGGAUGUUGUCACCAUCCUCAACUUCACCCAGACAUAAUUCUUUAUCCGGAUCAUCUGAGAAAACCAUCUUAAAAUCUCCAGACAAACAUGACGAAGACAGAGAAAGUCCUUCAGCUAAGAGGAGACGCACAAGAACUAAUUUUACCGGGUGGCAACUUGAAGAACUUGAGCGAGCUUUUCAAGACAGUCAUUACCCUGAUGUUUUUAUGAGAGAAGCGCUAGCGUUACGAUUGGAUCUCGUUGAAUCUAGAGUACAGGUCUGGUUCCAAAAUAGGCGUGCAAAAUGGCGGAAGAAAGAGAAUACUAAAAAAGGCCCUGGACGUCCAGCACACAAUGCCCAGCCCCAAACAGCGAGCGGUGCUCCCAUGGAUCCUGAUGAAAUUAAGAAAAGAGAACAAGAACGAAUGGAAAAAAAGAGGAAGAAACAGGAAGAACGCCUGAGAAAGCUCGAGGAAAAACGUAAAUCCCUUCAAGACAAUAAAGGAGUUCCGAAUAUGAUGUUACAUUCUGGUUCGGAAACUAGUCCCUCUGAAAAUGAGAGUUGCUGUGAGACCGACAAUAGGUUAGCAUCGCCAGCAUCUGAAAAUCGAAACAAUGAACUCCCCUGUAUGGGAAACCCGGAUGAGGAAUCUGGUGAUAGAAAGUGUUCAUUUAGCAUAGACAGUUUGUUAGAAACACCAAAAGUCCCACGUGGUCGUCGACCCAACUCCAAGUAUCCCCGUGUACAAGCGAGUAAAUCUGUAAACGCUCUAGGGCUUGGCAUGAUGCCACUUUAUCCAAUCACACAACCCGUGGGCUUCAUUGUCGAACAGCGACCUCAUGCGUCGGACGAUGACGAAGACUGUUCGGACGUUUCCGUGUAUAGCCCCGGAUGUGCUAGUGUGUGUGUAAAUAACGAAGACGAUAAAAAUGAAGAUGUUGAUGUCGAUGAUAGUCAUAGUGCUAAUGAAAUGGACUCUGCUAGUUGUCAUGGUGACGACAGAAGUCACUAUGGUGACGACGAGGACUCGGACGAUAACAUAUCAGUGCAUUCACACCACAGCCACUGACCGCUACUGACUACUGAUGACUAGUGCUAACGCAUACCUCUAAAGCUCAACCGUGGUCAGAAUACAUUGGACUCAUGUUUUUAAUUCAAAAUGAAAAUUUAUAGAAAUCGGCAUACUGCUGAGGUAGUGUCAAGAUACUUACAUUCUUUUUCCUUUUUCAUCAAGUUCGAUCAUGAUACUGAUAAAAUUACUUCAUUUACAAUCUAUAAAAAACACUUUGAAAAAUAUUUCUUCUUAUAUAUCUUUCCAACUACCUAUCGCUAAAAUUUAUUGAACGUGUAAUUAAUUCUCGACACUGUCAAUAACUAUUCUCCACAACAUUUGUAGCUAUAUCUUUUAUUUCCAUGAUAAGACUUUGUGCAAUAAACCUAACUAAUUGGUCAUUACGUGUAUCGUGUGGUCAGUGUACAUCACACUUGACCACUGACGGAUUGACCACGCCGUUGGUCAAUCCUUGUAUGUGUGUGUCUGUCAUAGUAUUUGUUUAAAUAAAUGUCAAACAAUGUGUCAAAAUAUAA